UUCUCCUUCAAUAAUUAAAUCCCUCGAAGUCGUGAUACCACCUGAUCAGAUGACAGGUAGAGGGUUAAAGAAUUUAAAACAAAGUCCAAUCAAAUUAAUUGCUGAAAAUAAAGAAUUGGUUCCAAAACCAUCAGAUGAUCUUUCAAGUAACUUUGAUAUAGGUGUUGUAGUAUCAUUUGGUUAUUUUUUACCAUCCAAAGUUAUUGAAUCUUUUACCAAAGGAACUAUAAAUAUUCACCCUUCUUUAUUACCAAAGUAUCGAGGUGCAUCCCCAAUUCAAUAUACAAUUUUAAAUGGUGAUGAAAAAACCGGAAUUACAAUUCAAGAACUUCAUAAAAAAAUUUUUGAUGCAGGAAAAGUUCUUAGAAAAGUUGUUGUGCCAGUACCACCUUAUAUUACUUAUUCAUUAUUAGAAUCUAUGCUUGCUAGAGAAGCUCCAAAAAUAUCAAAAGAUAUGUCUUUUAUUAAAUGGAAUCAUAUAUCAGUAAAACAAUUGGAUCAAUUACAUCGAGCAAUUUCUCAUCAG